AUUUAUCACAUGGCCGGAGCGCCACAAAAACAACAGCUUCGGCCGAGGCCGGGACUUCAGGAAAGGGAACCCGGGGCCCGUGCUGCAGCCCCCACCCCAUGGAGGAGGGUUUUCUCGAAUCCUUUGGGAGGCUGAGCCUCCAGCAGCCGCAGCCUCGGCCGCCGGCCCCGCCACCCCCGCGCGGGACCCCCCCGCGCCGCCACAGCUUUAGGAAACGCCUCUACCUCCUGCGAGGCCUCCCGGGCUCGGGGAAAACCACGCUGGCCAGACAAUUGCAACACGACUUUCCCAGGGCCCGGAUUUUCAGCACGGAUGAUUUUUUCUUCAGAGAAGAUGGUGCCUAUGAGUUCAAUCCUGACUUCCUGGAGGAAGCUCAUGAAUGGAACCAGAAAAGAGCAAGAAAAGCAAUGCGGAAUGGCAUAUCCCCCAUAAUUAUUGAUAAUACCAACCUCCACGCCUGGGAAAUGAAGCCCUAUGCAGUCAUGGCACUUGAAAAUAACUAUGAAGUUAUAUUCCGAGAACCUGAGACUCGCUGGAAAUUCAACGUGCAAGAGUUAGCCAGAAGAAACAUUCACGGAGUCCCAAGAGAAAAAAUACACCGAAUGAAAGAACGUUAUGAACACGAUGUUACCUUUCACAGUGUGCUCCACGCGGAAAAACCAAGCCGAAUGAACAGAAACCAGGACAGGAGCCACGCCUCGCCGCCCGGCGGCGCGGGAUGCUGGAGCUCCUACGCCGAGUUCCCAGCGCGGAGGGCGCCCGGCGGCUUCGCCCACGACGGCUCCUUCACCAGGAGGGGGCGCUGUCACCAGGGGUAUUAGAGCCCCAGCUCACGGGCGUUCAGUUUUCCGAAAUCAGUUUUUACUUCAAUUUUUGGUAUUUAUUCUUUGUUCGGUUUUAGUCAGAGCUCUAAUGCCAGUGUACAUAGUCGAGCCCGAACGUCUUUGAGCAGAAGUCGUCACAUUCACCGUCAACUGGCGUUUGUUACCGUGAUCCUAAAUGCAUGGUCUGAGGCUGGGAGUUCCGCAAGUUUGGUUCAACAAUCACUCUCUCCAGGGAAAGAAUUAAUUUGAAGCUGAAACCCAAGAACGUAAUCCGUUAGUCACAUAGGUUCACAAGUGAAAUCAAGUGUUUGUAGUAUAUGAGCUUCAGCACCACUUUCUCUGAAGUAAUCUGUUUUUCCAGGAACUCAUCUCCAUCAGGAAAGGUGGGGGAGGAGACGUGAGAGGUAGGAAAAGUUUUAGUGCUAUUGCUACUUUUUAAAUGUACGUAUCCAAAAAUGUGAGAUGUGUGGCUGUAAUGAUACGGAUUUUCCUUAUGCUAGAAAGUAUACAUCUAAGGGAACGUUGCCCUACAAAGGAGACACUUUGGGAAGUUAUUCCUUUAUUCUAGUGACGUUAUCAUUGUUAAAAAUGUCGACUCCUUAAUAGCUAUACAAGCUACUGAGGAAAAUCGGUGUCGUUAUUUGGUCACUAUUUAUAGUCUUGUGUUUUAACAACAACUUUAUCGAACAGGAUUAAACCUGAAACUUUUGGCUGUUGUGCUAAUAGUGUAAAUAAAACAAGCCUCCUUUAUAAAACACCAAUUUUAAAGAGGAAUCGUUAAGCAAUUUUUAAAAUUCUGCUUCUAAAUGUGUAAUUAGUUGGCAUCCCCAAUGUUUGGGAGCGCGAGAAAUGAAAUUCCAGGGUGUAGACCACAGAGGGAUCUGCGAAUCGUGCUCACCCUCAGAUGGGCAGGCAGCCUUGGUGUUUUAUGAGGCAUUAAUUAAGACAGAGAAGUUCUACCACAGCUCUGGAAUGUCCCUCUUAUGCACAAUUUGGAAUUUAUGAAUCCAAAUUAAGUCUCAGCAGGUUACAAUCAGAUUAAAUUGGUGUGAGACCCUGAUAGGUAAGACUAUGUAGGGUGUGUGCUUUAUUUCUUGUUGGCCAACAGCUUCUCUCUAGUAUUCUGUGAAGUAUUAUUUUAAGUGUCUUCUAUAAUGGUGCUUUUAUGGUUAUUAAAAAUAUAUGGUAUUGCUUUAUAUGCAUUUCUCAUUGAAUCUAAGCCUUUUUUUUGUUCAACAAUAUAAAAAAGUUAAUUACCUAAAUCCUACAGAAUUCUACCAUAGUAAGAACUAGUUUUUUUAUAUCGUAAACUUUCCAAUCUUCUUUAAUAGGAGACAUAUAAGACAAAAGCAACCUUAUUUUUACUUGCUUAUAUAAAUUACUUGAUCUGUGUCCAUCAGAAACUCUGUUACUGUAACGUUCCAUUAUCUGACUCCGACACCUACUCAACAUCUUGACUACCAGCAAAGCAUCUGUAAUUUGUUUCUGCAUUAACAUUUAAAAAAUUGGUAUCUCCUUUAACAAAGUUUGGCUAAUGAAACUAAACGAGUGAAUUUGAAUAAAUGUAAGGUAUUAUUCUAGUUUUGCUAAAUUCUGUGUGUCCAAGCACAACCACGAUAAUCGUCUAUGAACCGUGACAAGCCCCGCGGUAACUAGCACCCCUGUGCAGGCCCAGGCCAUCUGUUGUCCUGGUCAGUAUGGCUGUUGCAGAAUUCACUAACGGGGCUGGACUCCGUUAGGACGUAGAGGGAACUGCCCGAGAGCCCAAACUGGAAUUACCUUGCUUUGAUUCCAAAGAGGCCAAAGGGUUAGGCUUCGAGCCCUCCUGAUUCGUAUCUGACUCUGCUUAGGAGUUUUGGUCCCUUGGCUGAGAAUCUGCUACAGAGCAGUGGCUCCAGGUUAUAAAUCCAGGCCUUUUAUAGAGCUCAGGAAAAUAGUUUUCCGGUUUACUUGCCUCUUUUCCCCCCCAUGACUCCUGAAAUACUUGGUAUGGAAGCAUAAACAUAACUGAUUAAAUGCCACCAACACUAUUUAUCACACCUAGAAGUGACCUAUUUUUCCUCUCAACUGACUUUUACAAUUUUUUGAACACUCAACGACGUGCAUUGUUUCGUGUUAACAACAUUUGCAUCGUUCAGAGCUGGCAGUGCUUUAGAUACACAAUAGGCUCUCACUGAGUGAUUGUUAAGUAACACAAAUUGCUUUUACCAUCUGUCCCUUGUGCAGUGGACACUGUUGACUUUGUAAUCAUUGUCAAUUUUUGGGAUAUGAUAUCCACAUAUACUCAAGCUUCAUACCAUGCUCACAUAGCUUAGCUGUAUUACUUACAGUUUCUAAGGAGUGUGUGCAUUAGACUUCUCUUUACUGGGUAGUCUAAAUGGUAAUGAAGAAUGGAGGAGGUAACAGCAGUUAAGUUUUCCCAGGAUAAAAAAAAAAAAAGAUUAAAUUCUUACAAUCAUUCUGUUCACCUGAGACUCAAGUUUUAUUCAUUGUUCUAGAGUGGAUCACCAGCAAAUGAUUAGAAUGUGAAGACCAAAUUGUUUUAUGAACAAAAUUUAAAUUUCAUUAAUAAAAUGGGCAGAACACUUAAGUUAAAAAGAAUAGCAGAGGGAACAAGGCACAUGAAACUCUUAACUUCGUGUUAGAGAAAGAACUAGAUUAUGAGGAACUAAGGCCCAGGUUAAAAGGAUGGACUUAAAGUUUUUCCCUGAGGUAGCAGACAAUAAUUUUACAAUGAACCUAGCACAGUGAAUAUACAUUUGGUUGUAAACAUCUUGAGUGAUACAGGUAUGUUUUGUACCUGAUAGAAAUUUAAUUGUUAUAAAACCCAAAAUCUGUAACUUCAACUUGUCUGAGAAACUAUUUUGUUUGUUUUUCGUUUCUGGUUAAUUGCCCAAAACUCCGGAACAGUGUUUUUUAAAAUACAGAAAUAAAGAAGAAAUACAUUUUUGUCCAUGGUUAAAGAAAAAAAGCAGAAUGGAAUAUUUAUUAUGUUAAUGACAUUUAGAGGAGAGAAAAAUCAUGGAUCACAGGAAACAAACUGCUUUAUAAAAGGGUAUAUUCUUGGCUUUGAAAUGUGUUUAUAGAUUUGAAAACAUGGUAUUAUAUAUAAAUUUAAGACAUAUUGAAAGACCUUAUUUAAGAGCUUUUUCAUGCUAUUAGCUCCUGGUUAGAACUGCCUUCUCUUUUCUUUAAACAUAAGAAAGUAACGAAUGUGACUAUCAUCUUGAGUUGAACUGUUACCUUCUGCCGGGGUGGCUGGGGCAAACGAGGCACACAGGGAGCCCCCGUGAGUCCUGUGACAGCGCUGAAACAAAGCAGGCAGCAUCAGUGCCGAUCUGAAGGAAAGACUGUCUCUUUAAGUUGCCAGGAGAAAGUGGCUGUGCAGCAACACGGAAACCCUGAUUCAGAAUGGUCGCUGGGCAGAGCCUUCAGAGUCCCGACUCCUUUACCAGCACACCUGGUUUCUUACAUGUUUCUUCCCUUUGCCUGCAACCAGUUAACCUUCCAAUAACUUAGCUCUCUCAAUAAUUGAUUUUUUUUAAAAAAAGGUCAUUUUGUUAAAAAACAGAAACAAAGUUAACACUCUGAAAUCUGCUUCUGAUUUGAAGUAUUUGAAUUUUGAUUGAAAUACUUUCAGACCUCACAUUGGAAUCAUAGAAAGGAACGACACAGAGGGUUCUAUUUUUCUUGUAGUCACGCUGACCUAAGGAUGAACAGUUAGUCGAAAGAAAACAGCAUUGUCUUAUCUCCCUCAUCCUGUCUUUGGAUCAGGACAGAACUGUAGCAGCACUGACACGUGCAUUACGGUGAACUGAUUCAUAGCAGGUUACCUCUAACAAAACCUAACACAGCAACUACACUAAAAGGAAUUACAUGAGUCAAAAUAACUGUACUUAGAAACCUAGUUUCAUUUAAUUAAGCACAUAAUCUAAAAGAAAAAGGUAUGUUUAUUUCAUUUGUGGUGAUCAAAUCCAGUCAUAAAGAUUUUUUUCUUGAUUAAUUAAUAAAUUACAGUUUUAAGAAACUUAACUGAAAUAAAAGUGUAUCAAUACAGAAACA